CUGCGCAGUCUAACAGUUUUUCAACGAGUAAACGGCAAAGAUGUCGGCUUGAUAAAUAUUUUGGUCGGACGGUUAAAUGUAGUGUUUCAUAAUUUCGUUUGUUAAUUAAUGUCUAGUGAAGAAAUAAAAAUGAGUUCGUUGUCAAUAUUAGCGAGUCAUGAUGAGCUCGUACGAUGUACUAAUGUUCUCGUCAAUGGAUCUUGCGAAGAAGAAUUUUUGCAAUUCGCGCUAAACCAAGAAGAAACGCGUCAAAAAUGGCUGUCAGCAGUUUUAGAAUGUCAACGCUUGCACUGCGCAUUAGAAAAAUCUCGCCACGAGUCAACAGACCUAGAGCGCAAAUUAUCUCACGCUCGUCGCUUGCUCGACGAAGAAAAGCGUCGCCGACGAGCCGCAGAGGAGCAAAGAAAUUCUUUGGAGCGUCAAAUUGCAAUGGCGAGAGAUUUAUUAUUUAACGACGGAGGUAGAAACUUAAACGACGAAACGCGCGAAAAAUUGCAAUUUCUGAAUAACACAACUUUAACCAACGGGCGGCACAGCGGGACCACAAAUUCUAAGGACUACCACAACGACAAGCUGAACACGAUAGCUGAGCUGGACUCUACAGGGUCUAUUUUAAGCGAUUUAAGCUGCUACUCAAAAUCUGAGGAUGAUUUGGAUGCAAGCAUGCUGCUGAACCAGAACUUUAAUAAGCGGGACUGGAAAGAGCACAGACCCAGUGGAGAGUAUGUUACAAGGAAGAGGAAGAGUACAGUUAAUAAAGUUGUUGAUUUAAAUAAUUCUGACAGGAUUAUCGCGACGACUACUGUAGUAAUGCCUAAAGAAGGAGCUGUUACUGCUUCUUCAGUGAUCGAAGCGAUCACUGGAGAUGAGAACCGAGACCCGAAUGUGGUUCAAAGGUCCAGAAAGAGGCGCAAGAGUGUCGAUCGCAAGUCCACGAAGGAUUUUUAUGACGCUGAUGAUGACACUAAGCCUUCAGCGCCCUUGCAGGAUAAUUUUACUUCAGGGUCUGAUAAUGAAAAUGUUUUUAAGCCCAGUCCUAAUAUUGGAGGGUAUACGUUUAAUACAAAGUCUAUGAGGACUCAUAGUUUCGCUGGAAAGACUGUUAUUAAGUCUGAGGUAUGCUCGCCUUGUGGCAACAGGAUCAAAUUUGGAAAAUUGGCGCUCAAGUGUAGGGAUUGUAAGGCUGUGACUCAUUCUGAGUGCAAGGAUUUAGUUCCGCUGCCUUGUAUUCCUGUUGGGAAUACGCCUACCCUUCGUGGAGUUACGGGUACAAUUGCCGAUUACACGCCAAUGAUACCACCAAUGGUACCAUCAAUCGUCGUUCAUUGUAUAAAUGAAGUUGAAUUACGUGGAAUGAGUGAACCAGGAUUAUACCGUGUCAACGGUGCAGCCAACGAUGUAAAAUGUUUAAAAGAAAAAUUCUUGAAGAACAAAGGAGUUCCUAACUUAUCAGAAAUAGAAAUUGCGACUAUUUGUUCCACUCUCAAAGACUUUUUAAGGUCAUUGCGUGAGCCACUGAUAACAGUCGGUCUCUGGGCGGACUUUGUCCGUGCGACAACAAUAUCAGACAAGCAGGAUGCGGACGCAGCGCUGUACCAAGCGAUAUCAGAGCUUCCACAGCCGAACCGUGAAACCCUAGCCUUCUUAGUUCUCCACCUGCAGCGCGUGUCAUCCACACCGGAGUGCAAAAUGCCGAUCAGCAACUUGGCCAAGGUGUUUGGACCUACCUUGGUGGGCUACAGUUCCCAGGAGCCGUCUGCGUCGUCAAUGCUCUCGGAAACAAAGACCCAGGCCGCGAUUGUUGAGAGUUUGUUAAAAAUUCCCUCAGAUUACUAUGCGAAUUUUGUAAACCCUGAUUGUAUGAACAACAUCGGGACUCCCCAAUCCGGGGAACUCAAGCACACGCCAUCUACAGAGUCUCUGUUGAAACGCACCGCUACUAAAGGGUUCUUCAACACUCCUCUGGCUUCCAGUCGGACAUUCUUGAGGAAAAAUAGAAAAUAUUUUGCCACACCGCCUCAUAAUAAUAAUAUUUAAAUUUUUCUCUAAAAUAAAAAAUGUUUU